AUGGCUGAUAAUAUGACUAUACCUUCCUUGAGAAGGAAUUCUUUCUCCCAGUCCGAUACCGCCAUCCUUGAGGCGCUUGUACCGGGAUAUUCCUUGAUCUACGGCUUUUUUAGCUCGUACCUCCAGAUCGACAUCACCGGCUACCUGCAAUAUGUCGUUCUUUUGGCUGUCUUUGGUGCGUCGCUGAAGUACAUCAUUCGCUAUGUCACAAACUUCCUGGAGAGGUAUUUUGUUUCCACCGCCGAGAUCCGUCUCGACGAUGAAAUCUUCAACUACUUUAUGUACUGGAUGUCGCGUCAACCGCAUAUGAAGAGCACGAACCGCUUCGUGGCAGGCGUCAAGACAAACGGCUACUGGUCUGAAAAUGAAAGCGAUGACGAAGAUGAUGAAAAGGGAAUGGACGAACUGGAUGAGCCUGGUUGCGGCGAGGACGAGCCCACUUUUGAUGAGUACUGGGCCAAGCUGAUUGGGCGCGACAAGUACCGAACUUUGCGAUAUACUCCUGCUGAAGGACGCCAUUUCUUCUGGUAUCGUGGACGACCCCUGAGGCUCGAGCGACGGGAACAGCUCCAGAGUACACGUUAUAUCCUUAACAACGAAACCUUGUACGUGUCAUGUCUCGGUCGCGAUCCUUCCAUCAUCAAGGACCUUCUGAAUGAGGCACAGCAGUCGUAUGUGGAACGUGAUGGAAAUAGGACCGUCAUUUACCGCGGCCAAAAGCUAUAUCUGGGUCGGCCUUUCCAAUGGACUCGAUGCAUGGCGCGUGCCCCUCGGCCCCUCUCGACUGUUGUUCUGGACCAUGAGCAAAAGCAAGGUUUUGUCAAUGACAUCAAAGAAUACUUACACCCGCGCACUCGGCGCUGGUACUCUAACCGUGGAAUUCCCUAUCGCCGGGGAUACCUGCUGCAUGGACCCCCGGGUACAGGGAAAACAAGUCUUUGUUUUGCGGCCGCAGGUCUUCUGGGAUUGAAGCUCUUUCUUCUCAAUCUGGACUCCAAGGCUCUUGAUGAAGAUAAUUUGUCCUCGCUAUUCUCCGAGCUUCCCCGUCGAUGCAUCGUUCUUCUCGAGGACGUCGACACCGCCGGCGUCACUCACAGCCGAGGGAAGACCAUAGAAUCAUCGAAGGACAAGGACAAGACAGACGAUUCCCGAGGCAACACUACGGAGGAACCCGAGCCCGAACCAGAAGAGAAGAAAGACGACUCCAAGCCCGAUGGUGAUGGCGUGACCCUAUCUGCACUACUCAAUGUCAUCGACGGAGUCGCAGCUAGCGAAGGCCGCAUCCUCGUAAUGACGACCAACCACCCGGAAAAGCUAGACGCGGCCCUUCUGCGACCUGGUCGCGUCGAUAUGACCAUUGCCUUUGGAUAUACAACCACCACAGAUAUUAAGGAACUGUUUACUUCAAUCUAUACGACAAUGGAAGGCGAUCUCCCUCGAAUUGCCGCUUCCAAGCACACCAGCAAUGGCGACGCAAAUCCUGCGACAAACGGCAGUGCCAACCACGUUCACGAGAAGAGAAAGGCCGAGCUGGAAGAGAAGAAGAGACAAGAGGAGCGAGAGCAGCAAAUGCGCAUGGAUGAGCGUCAUGCUUGGAUCUCCGAGCUUGCGACCGAAUUCGCGUCCAUCGUGCCUAACUCGGAAUUCACUGCUGCGGAAAUCCAGGGAUACCUUCUGAAUCACAAGAAUGCACCUGAUGAUGCUAUUCGCGGUACAGAGCUCUGGGUUCGGGGGCUUAGAGAGAAGAAACGUUCUCAAGAGAAACAUUUAACAUAG